AUGCAAGACCUACCUUCUGUCUUUGCUGCUGAUGUUGCCCACAAUGUCGAAUAUAAAAUCCGUGACCUUGGCACCCGUUCUGUCACACUCUUUCCUACCCAAGCUCAGGUCAAGCGUGAGAUGAAGGAUGUUCCCCUGAAGCCCGGCAUCAAUGAAAUAUCAAUUGUUGGUCUUAGUCCUACCAUUGACAAGCACUCGGUCAUGGUUGAAGGUAGCGGGGCUGCUACCAUUACUGGCAUCAGUGUCGAGUUUCUUCCCAACCGUGAAAUCUUUGAUGAAGUCUACCCUGACUCUGACGAGGAUGAGUCUGAGAGCGGAGAUGAUGAUAAAGACGAUGAUGAGCUCUCAGACGCGCCUCAAGACCAAACUUUGCUGGGAGUCAAGAUGAAGCUCAUUGAGCUCAGAGACGAACAACAGAUGGCCAGAGAAAUCGUCGGCAAUGCGGACAACCGUAUCAAAAUUCUGGACGUCUAUUCAAAUUCCCUUGAUAAGAAAGAAGACAUUGACAUUAGUAAGGUGCUCAAAGUUUACAAGGUGGAGCACAUGGAAGCUUUCAAAGAGCGCUUGGUUGGUGUACAGAAAGAAAGAGAAAUCGCCGAAGCUAUCAACAACGCCACAAAGGAACAAUCGCGCCUGACUAGGAUUGCUGAGAAGGUCCGGGCGAAAGAAUCCAAAAGCAAAGCCAAAAUCCAAAAGGCUUUCAUAAAGAAGCGGGAGCAGCGCACGAAACGACUUGAGGAGAAACGCAAGGAAAAGCAACGCAUCCGCGUCGAGCGCGACCGUUGCUGGCCUCAAUACUGCUACACUGUACACAUCCAACUUGAGGUAAACUCUUCUUACACGCCGGCCUCGUCUCGCCGAGAGUCAGUGUCCAGCGAGAUUGAGCUUGUCCAACGACCCCGAAGCAAGACGAUUGACAUGGAAGAAACAUCUUCGUGCGAUCUGGUGCUGUCAUAUGUGACUGACUCGGCUUUCUGGACGCCGAGUUACAACAUGCAAUUAUCAACUGUCACUUCCACCGGCGUGCUUUUCUUUGAUGCUGGUCUUCACAACACCACAUCUGAGACCUGGGAGAACUGCAGGAUCACCCUAUCUACUUCCCAGGCUACAUCCUCAAGUCUCGACGAGUCUAAUCCCACCCUCGCACCCUGGAGAAUCAAGCUAGGCAACAAGGGAUCUGGGUUAGGCUCUAGUGACGUCCUGGAAAGCAAUACAGAGCGCCAGCAGCAGGUCUCCUGGCGCAAUAAGAAGAUGGUGAUGCCGCCGCCACAGUACAAUUUCAAACGUGAAAUGUUCGGCAGCGGUGGCCACGCUCUGCAGGAUUACCAAAUGCAGCUGAUGUUACUGGAACAGCAGAACAAGAAGAGGUCGAUGAUGGCCAGACAGGAGAACAGCUCUUCAGUGCCAUUGCCGCCACCUGUAGCACAACUGCAUGGAGUCCAAGCGCAACAAGUCCAAGCGCAACAACAGGCACAGCAGCAACAGAUGCAGAUGCAGCAACAGCAACAACAGCAAAAUCAGGCGCGGCAAGCGAUGAACUUGAACUUGCAGGGGGCUGUUCAGCCUCUUAUUGGGCAAGAACUGCGACAGACGCAAGAUCAAUUGAUGGAUUUCGACUUUGACCAGUUCUUGCAUAACGAUAACGAGGACAUAAAGAAAUCGGAACCUCAGCCGUCUCUCGAGUUCCAGAACUCCCUCGUCGAAGAGACGGGCUUCACAACAACGUUCGAUCUGCCCGGUCUCAAAACUCUGGUCCCCAAGUACACCGUCUCGAAGCAGCGCGUUGCUCGUCUUCAGUUCACGAACGUAUUUUUCAGUCACACUGUCGUGGCUAAGUACCAGCCAGCAGCAUACCUCAAAGCCAAGCUUAAAAACAAUAGCAAACUUACCCUUCUCCGUGGACCAGCAAGCUUGACGCUUGACGGGAGCUUCAUGGGGCAGACCAAAGUUCCUCGAUGCAGCCCCGGCGAGAAGUUUACUCUCAGUUUGGGGGUGGACUCGUCGAUCAGAGUCAUGUAUCCAAAGCCUGACGUUCGAAGAAGCACAAGCGGCAUGUUCAGUAAGGAAGAUAGUUCUGUUUAUGUCCGAACUAUUACGAUGCAUAACACUCGCGUCACUGCUGGAAAACCAGUCAAUGUGUUGGUUCUUGACCAAAUUCCAGUGUCCGAGGACGACCGUUUACGUGUUGAGCUGUUGAGCCCUCGUGGACUCACGGUCGAAGGGUCCGGUCAGCCAGCUGGGGCUCCUGGGCGUGAAACGGCAGAGGAUAAGGAUUGGGGCAAAGCGACAGCGUCUCUGAGGAAGUAUGGGCAGGUAUCGUGGGAUGUUGCGUUGAAUGCAGGCAAGUCUGUCAAGUUGAAUCUUGAGUACUCGGUUUCGAUGCCAAGUGGUGAUGUUGCGAAGGAGUGUUGA